AUGCUCUUCCGCUUCGGCCUGGUGGUGCCGCCCGCGGUGGCCGGCGCGCGGCCCGAGCUGCUGCUCGCGGGAUCGCGGCCCGAGCUGGGCCGCUGGGAGCCACGCGGGGCCGUGCGACUCAGGCCCGCGGGCACCGCGGCGGGGGCGGCCGCGCUGGCGCUGCAGGAGCCCGGCCUGUGGCUCGCCGAAGUGGAGCUGGCGCCCGACGAGGGGGCGGCCGGCGGGCCGGAGUCGGGCCGCGACGACGCGGGCCGCGUGGACACGUUCUGGUACAAGUUCCUGCAGCGCGAGCCGGGAGGCGAGCUGCGCUGGGAAGGCAAUGGACCUCACCAUGACCGUUGCUGUACAUAUAAUGAAAACAACUUAGUGGAUGGUGUUUAUUGUCUCCCAGUAGGACACUGGAUUGAGGCCACUGGGCACACCAAUGAAAUGAAGCACACAACAGACUUCUAUUUUAAUAUUGCAGGCCACCAAGCCAUGCAUUAUUCAAGAAUUCUACCAAAUAUCUGGCUGGGUAGCUGCCCUCGCCAACUAGAACAUGUGACCAUCAAACUGAAGCAUGAAUUAGGAAUUACAGCUGUCAUGAAUUUCCAGACCGAGUGGGAUAUCAUCCAGAAUUCUUCAGGCUGUAACCGCUAUCCUGAACCCAUGACUCCAGACACCAUGAUGAAGCUGUACAAGGAAGAAGGCUUGGCCUACAUCUGGAUGCCCACACCAGACAUGAGCACUGAGGGCCGAGUGCAGAUGCUGCCACAGGCUGUGUGCCUCCUGCACGCCCUCCUGGAGAACGGACACACCGUGUAUGUCCACUGCAACGCUGGGGUGGGCCGAUCCACAGCUGCAGUGUGUGGCUGGCUCCACUAUGUGAUCGGCUGGAGUCUGCGGAAGGUGCAGUACUUUGUCAUGGCCAAGAGGCCUGCAGUCUACAUUGAUGAAGACGCCUUGGCCCAGGCACAGGAAGACUUCUUUCAGAAGUUUGGGAAGAUUCACUCUUCCAUAUGCAGCUUAUAGGUGCCCAGCUUGCCUCUCAUAGUUGUCUUAGUAAGGAACCAGGGGUGUGGUUAGUGGAAGGCAUAUAUAGACAAAGACCCCAUCGGAACUGAGGGGACUGUAGCCCUCAGGACCCCUGGGCAUACCUCCUAUUACAGCUUGGGAGGGCUUACCUUUGAAAUAUUUUUCAAAGGCAACUGCGUGCCAGGUGAGAAAAAUUCAAAGUCAGCUGGGCAGCGGUGCAGUGGAUGCCACAGUUGCUGCUCCACAGGCCCUGCAUAGACUGUUAUGGAUUUGUGAUGCUUUGGCAUGCAGAAGCCGAGAGUGGUUAUGUGGAUUUUAUCAUUACUGUGAGUGUCACACACACACACAGCAUGUACACACGUGCACAAACACAUACAACGUUUUACUGACCUGAAAUUAUAGACAUUUGCCAGUGGAAGGGAAAAGUAUAUAAACCUGAAUAUGACGCAGAAAGAGCUUGCCAUGGGCAUAAAACAACAGCUUUCUAUAAUUUUCUUUAUUCCAUUUCAUAGUUGUCAAUAUCUCUGAGGCACCUCCUUAUUUUCCUGUCCUCCUCACAUGACAGCAGAAGUAGUUAGCCCUCUGUUUCUUCUGGCCUUCUAAUUGCUAUUUUUUCCCCCUCAAGACAGAGUUUGUACUACUCACUUUAGUAUAACAUAACACACAAAGGUCAGUCUUUAACUCAUGGUGAUCUUUCUGCCUCAGUCUCCCGAGAACUGGGGUUAUGGUGUAUGCUUCCAUACUCAGCACCACCGUUUUUCAAUUGAGUCUUUUUGAGCAUAGCUGACUUGCCCAAGUCUCAUGGUAAGUAGGAACAAGAUGAAGUUUGUAAUUCAAUUUAUCUGGCUCGGUGCUGCUUUCACUGCGUUUAGUUUUUCAGCAGACUGUCGUGGAUGUAGCUUUGUCUGUCUCAGGUCACUAUCCCUGGGGUUGUUUCUACAGUGAGAAAUGGGACAAUGUUCUGAACAUUUCCCAAAGAAUUUAGGAAAACCAUUUUAUUCUGUUCAACCUCCUUUAAGCUGUGGUGUGUGAUCUCAAGGUCAUGAGUGGAAGGAGCCUGAGGAGGCCAUGUCCAGAGAUCAGUGUUGGGCAGCUAGGGGCCGACCCUCAAUUCAGUAUAACACACAUUGCUGUUCCUCCCAGACAUGUGGUUUAUUCCAUUAGGUUUUAUCAGAAGUACAAAUAUCAGCACAACUUUGCCUCCCAAGAUAAAAAAUGUAGAAACAGAUCUGUGUUCCAUCCCUAGGAAGACAGUCCCCAACUGACAUAUUAGGGCACAGAAGGGGACUUAUCUUUAGUUGAGUGCCACUGUGUGCCAGUUGAUUUCCUAUGUCUAAUGCCAUCACAGUUCACUCUGGGAUGGGUUAUUGUGUCUGUUUAGAUGGGGAAGUGAGGCCCAGAGAGAUGAAAACACGUGUCAACUGCCAUUGUCGUCGAUGGAAGCCAUGAGAUGAGAUGCAAAGCUAGGUUCGUCUCUCAGAUCCCAUACCAUCAAAAGUUAAAGUGUGGUAUUUAAA